GACAUUUGCUGCUCCACGCAUUCCUCCGUCAUCUCAGCCUGGACGUCCCGCUUCCUGCCGCCGAGACGUAAGAACGCGUCGUGCUGGAACGCAGCCGGCUCAGCCUGAGCGUUUGUCUCAGUCUGAUUCAAAAUGUCUCCUGAGUUGCUGAUACAUCUACAUGGAACUACCUGAACAGGAUCAGGUGAACCGACCGGUUCUCCUAAACCCGCCGUUUUCCAUGGAAACUGAUUGUUUCACAACAGUCUGCAGCUUUAAAGGAGCAGCAAUGAGGACAAGAUGAGAGACACAAACAGUGGGAAAGAUCUCCGCCUUUCUGUGGGAGUGAUUGGCAGCGCUAAGACCCGCCUCCAGGCUGUGAUUGGUUGUUUCUGACUGGAGUUGGUGUGUUUCUGCAGAAUGAUUCUCCCAAUAAUGACCUAUUUUAUUUGUUUGUUUGUUUUUUCCGAUCUGAACCUCCAGAGCCACAUAAAGACAGUUACAAAGUCGGCUUCUAUCACCUGAAGAACAUUUCCAAGACCAGAGGACUAAAAUCUGAGCCGGAUCUGGAGAAACUCAUUGAUUCCUGCAGCAGGUGACAAACAAGCCACUGAUCCAGAACGCUGCUGCUGCAGUUCUGACUACAACCAGGAAGAUAGAGACCCCACCCAGUUCUACACUGUCCAGUUCUACAUCACCUAGUUCUACAUUCCUUCACUGAGCAAAGAGACUGGUAGUUUAUAAAUCACUGAAGAUCUGCUGUUGUUAUAUCAACCUUCAGAUCUCUCAUGUUUUUCUGGUUCUGGUUCUGGUUCUGGUUCUGCAUCCCCAGAUCUAAAGAUGGAGAAAACUCUAAAACAGCUGAAACACUGAGUUCCAGCUGCUUUAGAAAUGAAAUCAAUGAAACAUUAAUAAAUAUUUAACAAUGGCUCUCGAUAAAAUGUAAUCCUUCAGCUGCUUUCUAUGACUUUGUAUUUUUGAUACAAUCUUUUAAACCGGUUGGUUUCCAGAGAAACCAGUUGGAUGCUGGUUCCACAGCAUUUUUCUGCUCCUUCAGCUGCAGAAAAAUGCUUCAUGUUCCAGUUUGAUGAGAAGUUCUGACCCAACAGGAAGUGGUUGUUGUUGUUUUUAUUGCUUAUCGCAGCAGAUAGAAGAUUAGUCAUCAGGUCGUGUUUGUUUGAGUAGAUCAUUUGUUUUUAGAGAAACUGGGAGGUUUUCCCUCCAUCUCUCGGCUCCCAGCAGCUUCAGAACGAGCAGGUGAGCAGCUCAGGUCCAGCAGCCUUCAGACAGGUUUGGUUUAACUUUGAUGCAGCAGCCAAAGAUGCCGAAGUUCAUCACCCACAUCGAUAUUUCCCUGAACGCUGCUGAGGAGCUUCAGCUUAGUAAUAAUGGCUUCACCAAACUUCCUCUGGAUCUGAACAAGGAAGCAGGAGGAAACAACAUCUUCCUCUGGUACAAAAUGGGUGACUACAGAGCGAUCACCAGGAUCCAGUUUUCCUUCAAUGACUGGAUGACAAAAGGUCUGAUGAAUGAAGGGUACCACCUGGUCAAUAAAGAUCUCCACAAAGGAGCCGGGGGCAGCAACGUCUUCCUGUGGUUCUUCAAAGGUUACACUGAGUGUGACGUCCCCAUCGUGGAGCUGGACGUGUCCACUAAUGAAGAAGAUGAAACCAAGAAGGCCCAGCCUCAGUGGGAGAGGUCAGCCUGCGAUCUGAACCGGAGAGCUGGAGGAGACGGGAUCCACCUGUGGAUGAAGAGACAGCGCCAAACCUACAUCUGUGACAUCCAGGCCAGCGAUGGCGACAUAUCACACCAUGACUUGUUCCGUCAAGGUUACACCCGAAUAGACGAAGACAUCAACAGAGAUUCAGGGGGGCCUGACAUCUUCAUCUUUUACCAGCAAACCGCUGAUGAGAAGAAAGCCAUCACAGAUCUGAAGAUCUCCACUGAUACGUCCAAGGAGAGUCGUUUGGUGAAGGCAGGAUGUCAGAAAGUGAAAACAAACCUGAAUGAUGGAACCAGAGGAACCCCGUUGUACCUGUGGUACAAGAAAGGUGGAACCGACACACCUCCCAUCACGUUCAUCACUGUGAUAAACACGACGGCAAAGGAAGAGUGUGUGAGAGCCGGCUUCAAUGUCAUCGAUACAGAUCUCAACCUGAAAAACUCAGGCCACAAAAUGUUUCUGUGUUUUAAGUAAAGGUUGGUAGUUUCUGAGCAUGCUCAGUGAGAGCCAAUAAUCAAUCUAUACUGACCAUAUCUUCUAUCUGGAAAUGAGUUUCUGUCAAACAUUUUCUCUGAAUCUGAUUACUGAUCAAUAAAGUUGAGCUUCUGAUCAAA